AAUUAACGAAAUACCCCAUGACAUUUUUUUCGUGAUUUUCGUGUCUGUUCCGCUAUUCGUUUUUCGUGAAUAAAAUCACUAAAAAGUUUUUGUUAAGUAUUGCUGGAAAACUGGCAUGUCAUGUCUGGAAAACUGUUAUUACCUACUCGAAAAUAUCAACAUACGUUAGCUCGAGUUGCCACUGAAAGAGCCCCUUGUUGUUUUUGCAAACGAGACGUUGAUGAUGAAUUGUUAUAUGGUAAAUUGUACGCUAUCGGAGAAAUACAUUGUCACUAUUUUUGUGUCCUGCUGUCAUGUUGUUUAAUUCAACAUGGUAAAGAUGAAGAAGGUCUAUUUGGGUUUUUAUAUCCUGAUAUAUUAGCAGAAGUUGAAAGAAGUAAAAAACAUAAAUGUUCCUAUUGUAUGAAGGAAGGUGCAACUCUGGGUUGCUCUAAAACACAAUGCAGGAAACAGUUUCAUUUACCAUGUGGAAGGGACAAAAAUGCUGUGUCCAUGUUUUAUGGCAAUUUUAAGUCGUUCUGCCAACAACAUGUACCUAAACAGAAAUUACCAAAUAAUAUAUUAGACAACAUUAAGAAUAGAAAAGUAAAGAUGAAAAAAUCAAAAGUAGAUAAUGACUUGUCAGAAGAUAUACAGGAGAUGGUAUGCGUUAUUUGUUAUGAAAGUGUCGACGCGUUCCCCACAAUACAUACAUUUUGGCCACCCUGCUGCGCACGCGAUGCCUGGUUCCAUAGAUCAUGUGUACAGCGGAUGGCCUUAAGCGCAGGCGCUCAUUACCUACGAUGCCCUUUAUGUAAUGAUAAAGAACGGUUCUACGAUGCCGUGCUGAGCCAAGGAUAUUAUGUACCAAACAGAGAUGCGUCGUGGGAGUUGGAACAAAACGCGUUUGCGGAAAUCUAUGAACGGACAAUUGUGUGUAGUGUACCUGAGUGUGUGUGCCCUAAUGGAAGAGAUCACGAUUUGGAGAUUGGCCCGUGGGACAUAAAACUGUGUUUGCUUUGCGGGAACGUUGGGGCGCACGCGCACUGCGCGGAAUUAAACGGACACAUUUAUGUCUGUCCUAUCUGUUUGCCCGCUGCACCCGACGAUCCGAAAUACUUAGAAGCCAUUCAUGCUAUAACCCUCCCGGAACCGAAUCAACCCUCGCGAGUUCAACACGGACCCAGAAUGCCAAGUCGUAUGUCGAUAAGACGGACAAAACCAAGGCUGCGUAAUGUUGGGUCCAGCUCCAACACAACUGAUGCGUUAACUAGCACAUUAACAGUACAUUCACAAAACUCGAUAACUAGUCGCCAAGAGUUGAACCUUAAAACGCCAUCUCGACCCAAAAUCGAAAAUUCCAAAAUGAUUGAUAAUGGAAAUCACUCACCGGUUAAACUAUUCAAACAACAAUUAUGUGAAAUGAAUGUGCUAGACAAUUUUGAAUGGGAUUCUGACAGUGUGAUAGAGUUGGUGAGGGAAAAACUAAUGAAACCGAAGCCCCUUUCUAUACGAAAGAAAAUUAUUAGCUUUAUAAUAGAUAGUAUUUUAAAUGAAAAAUUGAAACCAAAUAUCAAGAGCCCAAUAAAAGAAUGGAAAUCUCUGAAGAAUGAAGUAAUAGAUGUUGAAAUGAAAAGUUUAGAAGAAAAUAAUAUAGCACAAGAAGUGAAUGAAUCUAUAGAUAAAAAUGUAAAAUUGAAUAAGAAUUUAGAAAACAUAGAUUGUGAUUGGUAUGACAAAAUGGAAUUAAAUCAUGAAGAUAGUACUGGAAUUUCCAUUGCAGGUGGAUGCGAAGAUAAUAUUUUAAAUGUUUUAACUGAAGAUUUUUUGGAUAAAAACCUACCCAUAGUGAGUGCCAAGUCAAAUCCAGUUCUGUUAAAGAAUGAUUCCUCAAUGGAAAUUUCGGAAAAUAACCAACAAAUUGACAUUAAUGUAACUCAAGGAAAGAUAAAUAAGACAAUUGCCCUGAAAAUCAGUCCAACUAAAGAAGUUUUGGGUGAAAACAUAAAUAUAGAUCUAGAAAUAUUUAAAAAUCAUUAUCUAAAUGAAGUUGGUGGCGACAAUUUGUACAAAACUGAUGAUUUACCUAUGACUGAAUGUGCAAUUGAAUCCAAAACCAAACGCAGAGAUAAAAAAUAUAGAAACCUAAAAAAGCAUCGCAAACAGAAAAAGUAUAAAAAAGACAGAGAACACAGAAAUCUAGAUAGAGAUAAAGACAUCGACAAACAUAGAAACAAUGAUUAUAAGAAAAAUAAGAACCAUAAACCAAAAACUCUAGACAAUACAGGUGUAGUUCUAAAAUUUCUUUCGGAGGAAGUUAAUGAGAACAAAGAAAAACGCAAGACUGAACUAUCGAUUCGCAAUAAAAAUAUAAAAGUCAACAUUGAAUGGAAAAAGGAGAAAUUUAAAAUAAAAAUAACGAAUGAGAAAAGAAAAAAACAGCAUGCCAAUAAUUACGUGUUCGAAAAUGCCAAGAAUAAAAUCAAAAUGACGCCCGGAAUUGUCUCACGCGUUAAGAGAAAAUAUGAGAAAACCGAGAAAUUUACUGAUAAGUUGAAGCAAACAUCGCUUGACAACUUUUUUACUGUCAAGUCUCCAGAAAAAUAAAUUUAAAAAAUCUCGUACCCUUACUUAAAAUAAUCGUAUCGAUUAGUCACUCUAUAUACAGAUUUUAAAAAGUUUGUAUUAGUUAAGGCAUAUUUAUUUACACUUCUUUCUACACAAAUCCAACGGCCAAAUGGUUGAAGGUCAUGUGUGCAUUUGACCCGAUAAAGACAAUUCUGUAUCCACACAUCAUUUAUAAAUAGAGGAAAUAAGAGUGGAGGGAGUACACUGCCUUGUGGAACGCCAGUAUUUAACUUAUUCCAAUGAGAGUGAUAGAGUUAUCUUCAAUGAGCUGGCGGUGACAUAAAUAUAUAUAUAACUGGUGAAGCAAAAUUUAUUGAACUAAGUAAAUUAAGUGGAAUUAUCCUGCAAUGAAACGAUUGUAAAAGUAGUUGUAUAAAGCAAAUGAAAGCUCAAUGUGGUUUUAACUGUACAAUAAAAAAAAUAUACAUCGUGGUAAUUGGAACUAAAGAAAGUGCCGUUAUUCAAAGAGAUCAUGGCUUGGAAAGCUGGUAAAUAUCAAUAUAUUAAUUUGACUUGACUUCGAAGGUUAAUAUUGAGAUUAACGACGUUGUUUCCCGCCUAUAUUUCCUUUUCGUUCUUAAUGACAUUUCCAGUGCUUCAUUUUUUUCUAAUAUUUUGCCGCCCCACUACCACGGUAGGGUUACCACGUCGAUACAUGUACUUGAUUAUAUACUGUACAAAAAGUAUUGUAAGUGAUUCUUCCAGAAACACCGCGCCUCGUGGAACGCCGACAUAUGUUAGCUUAUUCCUACUAAAUAAAAAGCCGUUGUUCUCUCACAGUUUAUUCUUGUGGAAAGAGAAGGAGAACGUUUGAUGAAACGGCAAUACUUACAUUUUCUGGAGUAGUUCGGUUUACAUAAACAUAAAAAAUGUGGAUUUUCAGUUUACACUUGCAACAGUGUGCAUCGAUUAUUUAUUAUUCAAUUUAGUUUAUGAAAUGGUCAAAAAAUAGAGCUUUGGUGUAUUUUUGUAAAUUGACAAAUUUUGAGCGUUGUAAGAAGCGCCACACACGGUCCAACGCUUUUGCUAAGUCCAAACGAUCGCUGAAAAGCACUCGAAACAGCGAGUUAUGUAUAUAACGUAAUAAAUUCGCGUUCGGAUUACAAUGAAUUAUAAUCAGUGUCUAUAAUUAAUAUUGUUUUUUUACAUAAAUUUAGUUCCUGGCUAGUUUUUCUCUGUUCAAUCAAUAUAUAUAAUUAUUUAUAUGUAAAUAGAGUACCUAAACAUUAUAAAUUGUCUCUAUAGAUC